CAAAGUACAGAGUAAGGUGCAAUUAUUCAUGCCAUAGAUUUCAUCCUAAGCAAGUGAAAGGAAAAAAAUUCCCUCAAAAAAGCAGAGAAAAAGGGCCAGGGGAGAGGGGGUUGGAAUAGCUAAUUGUGUAUAUAAUAAAAAACAUCAUUAAUUUUCUUUCCUUUCUUUCUUUUGGGUGACUGAUUCCCAACUCUCUUUGUGUUAGCUAAGGCUAAAGAAAAAAGAGAUUUCUCUUUCUUUUCUUUUCUUUUUUUCUCUUCUUAUAUUCUCUCUUUCAUUACUUCAUUUCCUCCCUCCUUGUUCUUCUUUUUUUCUCUCUAUGAGAGGCCAAUAUAGAGAGAAAGAAGAGGCAUGAAGAACACAAUCCGGUGCUGCAUCUCUUGCAUUCUGCCCUGUGGAGCACUCGAUGUGAUUCGAAUAGUACACUCCAAUGGCCGCGUUGAAGAAAUCAGUGGCUCCAUCAAAGCCAGCGACAUCAUGAAGGCUUACCCUAAACACGUUCUAAAGAAGCCUUCCUCUUCUUCCGAUGAUGGGAUGGUCCCAAAAAUCGUCAUCGUCCCACCCGACGCCGAACUUCAACGUGGCAAGAUUUAUUUCCUAAUACCACUCCCUUCAACACCCGAUAAAACCCGUUCCAAAACUUCCUCAACAACCAAGAAGAAAAAAAGAGACAGGCUUGACACCACCAACAACAACAACGGCGGCGGCGCCAGCAGCAACGGCCGCAACCGCCAGCAUAAUCACAGCCGAAGCAUGAGCAACGCCAACAAGAACAACAACACAAUUUCAAUGUCGAAUCUUUUGAUAUCGGAUCAGUAUUUAAGUGAGAUACUUUCAGAGAAACUAUCAACGCAAAGGGAUCGAAGAAGAGGCCGAGUUGGGGUGUGGAGACCACACUUAGAGAGCAUCUCCGAAUCUCCAAACGAUGGAUGACCAUCAUCCACGUCACUCUGUUAUACUACUACUACUACUACUACUAUUUUCUAUUAGAAGUAUGCCUAUGGGGUUUACAAUUUUCUUCAGAUUUCUAUCUGAUUCAUUUUUAGGAAAAAAAAUCCGCCCUAUCAUCCAUUAGGGUUGAAGCAACAAGCUGCUUAUUUGCUUUUUUCUUUUUUAUAAGUUUUCCACUUCCUUUUCUACA